AUGGUUGCCCUCCAACAUCUUGUUACCUUGCUCAGCCUAUGCUUGGGUGCCAGAGCCACUUUCAAAAUCUACAAGGCCGACGAUCUCGAGUCUUACAAUGUUGGAGACGCGUGCGUCAAGGCCUUAUCUGCGGAUAUUGCCUGCCACCAACAUACUCGCUCAUUCAUGCAGCCUCGAUAUCGUGGCUCCCUUGAAAAUGUGACUCUGACAGACCAGAUCUGCACCGGUACUUGCUCAGCAUCACUCAGAAGCUGGUUCAAUACGGUUGUAGACGCAUGCGCCGAUGAAGAUUUUGGAGACGGUGUCCCUCAGCGCUACGGUGGCUACAUCUGGAAUGGCUGGAAUGAGACUUGUGUCAAAGAUCCGAAAACCAAGAAAUAUUGCAAUGAUAUCAUCGAUGAGUUCACCGAGCUGAAGGAUGGCGAGGAGAUGCCCCGUGACGAACUCUGCCAUAUCUGCUACCGCCGCCGUUUAGCGAUCAUGCAAUCCUCAUCGUACUCCAUCUACGAUCACUUCUACCAGUCGCGGCUCGAGAAGGUGUACAAGACUUGCGGCGGUUCUGGCCCAACCGAGAUUCCACCACCGCCCAAGGUCGAGAAACCCGAAGAAUACUGCCUCACUAACAAAUACUACACCACCAAUGAGGGCGACACCUGUGAUUCAAUUGCGAGGGCGAACCCGGGUGUUGCAGGUGUAUACCUGUAUAUGGGCAACCAGGAGCUUAUUGGCGACUGCCGCAACUUGCCUGCUGGCCUCAAGCUUUGCCUACCUACAACGUGUCCCAUCUACGUGGUUAAACCUGGAGAUACCUGCUGGUCCAUCGAGCGGUCACUGAAGGUUAUAGAAGACACUGUUGAAGACUAUAACUCAUGGAUCAAUGUCGACUGCACGAACUUACAAAAGGCAACCGACUUCUAUGGCAAGCCAAUCUGCAUCGGGCCCUUUGGUGCUGGUACUCGUUCCGCUUCGUCCGACGCUGUAGCCAAGACACCGCUCAAGUUCAGCAGUGCUAACGGGCCGGCGGUGGUGCUUAUGGAACCGCCUGAGAAGGCCGAAGUAGCUGAUGGCACGACGCUCAGUUGCGGCCUGUGGCAUACUAUCAAGGAAGGGGAAUCAUGCGCUGAUAUCUGCAAGGCACAUGAGAUCUGCGACGAGGACGUGAUGUAUGAAGUUAACCCAACUUUGUCCCGGAACAACGAUGAGUGCACCAAAGGCCUGGUUCCUGGAGAGGCUUUGUGCAUUGCACCUAUUGCGGGUUGGAAUACUACGUACGAGUCAACUGGACCUGCUCAAGAACUAUAA